ACACACACACACACACACACGGAUGGCUAUCCCCUGUAGGGUAUAUAAGUAGAAACAGAAGUCUCCAAAGUCGGAUCAGCAGCAGCAGCAGCAGCAGCAGCAGCAGCAGACCGACUCCAACCAACAGCAGCUUGUCUCUCCAGCUUAAUUUUGAGUCUUGUGAAGGAUCAUCCUGAACCGUCACCACUAUGUCUGAUGAAAUCGUCACUCCGACUCCCUCUCCCUCUCCUUCUGCCCCUCCUGUUCCCACCGGACCACCUCCCAAGGUGACGAACCGUGGCCGCACCGCAGUUCCCAUCGCCAGCUCCAACUCUGACACAACUGAUGUACCCGAGUUUGAGCCAUUUGGUGCACCGGGCCCAAGAGGAUUUCCACCUCUGACUGAGUUUCUCGACAUCUGGGAUGUCAACAUGAUAAAGCGUCCAGAUGAGAUCAACAGGAAGCAACAUCACACCGUGUUGUACAACUCGGAUAAUCUCAUCGUCCGUCGAGGACAAGAGUUCCAGAUCAAGAUCACCUUCAAUCGCCCCUACAAACCUGCUGAAGACAAGUUUGCUCUGGAGUUUGCCAUUGGUUCCAGCCCUCAGUUCAGCAAGGGCACCUAUAUUCCUGUAUUCCCCACCAGUGAACGUCAGUCCACCUGGACUGGACGCAUCAUAAACACCAACGAAAACAUGGUCACCAUGGGUAUCACUCCUUUGGCAAGCUGCAUUGUUGGAAAGUACAACAUGUACGUUGCUGUGAUGACGCCCUUCGGCAUCCGUAGGACCAGACGGGACAGCAGCAGAGAUCUCUACAUCCUCUUCAAUCCAUGGGUGGCAGAUGAUGCCGUGUUUCUGGAUGAUGAGAGAGAGAGGGACGAGUGUGUGAUGACUGAAAUGGGGAUCAUCUACCACGGUGCACACGGCGACAUCGCAGAGAGAGACUGGAACUAUGGACAGUUUAACUAUGGAGUCCUGGAUGCCUGUCUGUACAUCAUGGACAGGUCUGACAUGCCAAUCACCAACAGAGGAGACCCCAUAAAGGUGACCAGAAAGGCCUCUGCUAUGAUGAACUCUCGUGAUGAUGAAGGAGUGCUGGUGGGGAACUGGAGUGGCGACUACACCUACGGUGUGGCACCCACUUCCUGGACUGGCAGUACAGAAAUCCUGACUACCUAUGCCAGCAGCAAGAUGCCUGUCGCUUAUGCUCAGUGCUGGGUCUACGCUGCCGUCUUCAACACCUUCUUGCGUUGUUUGGGCAUCCCAUCGCGGGUCGUUACCAACUACUACUCCGCUCAUGACAAUGAUGGAAACCUGAGAACUGACAUCAUCCUGGAUGACACCGGCAGAAUCGACCGCAAUCGCACCAAAGACUCUAUCUGGAACUACCACUGCUGGAAUGAGUGCUUCAUGACCAGGCCAGACCUUCCACCUGGCUUUGGAGGCUGGCAGGUUGUGGAUGCAACACCACAGGAGACUAGUGAUGGCAUGUACAGGUGUGGUCCUGCAUCAGUCCAGGCCAUCAAACAUGGGCACACAUGCUACCCAUUUGAUGCUGCCUUUGUGUUUGCUGAGGUCAACAGCGAUGUGGUGUUUUAUUCCCGGAGUAGAGAUGGGACUUUGGAGCUAGUCAAAGUGAACCCAACUCAUGUAGGCCGCUUGGUUUUGACUAAAACACCAGGAGAUGUGUCUCGCCGUGACAUUACGGAUCAAUACAAGUUUCCUGAGGGUAGUACCGAGGAGCGGACCACUCUGGAAAAAGCAGAGGAGUAUGGCUGUAAACGAGAGAAGUCCAACCUUCCUGAGGCUGACGUGGAUCUGGUCCUGCCUACCCUGGAGGUCAGUGUGGGCGACGACUUCGAGCUGAACAUGGAGUUCAUAAAUCGCAGUGACGAACGCCGCGUCGUGGAUGCCUACAUCAGCGGGAGCGUGGUGUAUUACACCGGAGUCACCAGCUCUGAGUUCCUGUUAAGGAGUCCCAGGGUGACAAUUGGCCCAAACAAAAGUGUGAAGGAGUUGGUGGUGGUUGAGUCAAAGAGCUACAUGAAGCAUCUUGUUGAACAGGCCAACCUCCAUUUCAUUGCUACUGGAAAGAUCAAGGAGACCGGCCAGAUCGUCACCGCCAUGAAAGUCGUCCCCCUGCACAAUCCCAAACUCACAGUCACGGUGUCUGAGGGAGGUAAAGUGAGUGAAGAGAUGACCGUGACUGUGCAGUUUAAAAACCCCUUCUCCUUCGACCUGGAGGGCGUCUACAUUCGCAUGGAAGGUCCCGGUAUCCUGAUGCCCAAGUUCAAAUAUUACAGUCUGAUCCCAGCAGGCUCCUCCCUGACCUGGACCGAGUUUUUCACCCCGCACAGGGCUGGCAGCACCAGGAUGAUCGCUAUCCUGGACUGCCCUGCUCUCAGGCAGGUCCAAGGCCAGGCGUCUCUCACCAUUGAGCCCUGAGGAUCUUUGCAGGAUCACUGAUGCCCAAACGUCAUUCAACUUACUUACUUACUUACUUACACUUCAGCCCAAAUAUAGGCGUAUAACAUAGUUGUGUAUCUGUAGGUUUGCUACAAGUGUAGCUUCAGCAUUUAUGACGACAAUUGUGAUCUCUUAGGUCUAAAAAAAAUGUGGUAAUUUCUAAAACUGCAUGUUUAAAUAGAGGCUAAUCAACACAUUUUUUUUUUACAUCAAACAUUUUGACAGAUAAAUAGCAACUAAUCGAGGGUGAGAAAGUAUAUUAUAUACACAACUUCACAGUGAGCAUGGUUGUUUCUGAAAUCUAUUCCUAAAUCAAUCAUUUAUUACUUCUUAUAUAAUAGGACAACAGAUUUCGAACGUUAAUAAAUUUGCGUAAUUUUGACAAUUACACAUCUAUGAAAUAGAAAUACGAUGCACUACAUUGUGGGAAAGAAAGUUGGAAACAUGCCAUGGAUACUAGUUGUUUAGUUUCAUUGUGAAAUUUUAAUCUAUUAUUGGCCAACAGGGGGCAGAAUUACCCAAAACCACCAGACAUAUUAUUUUAUAGUCACACACAGCAACAGUAUAAGCCCACUGCAGUUGUUAUCUAGUGGCCUAAUGUCUUUAAAUCCAAUAUUCUCUCUUUUUUACUCAGUUCAAUUCACAAUCGUCUUCUCAGAAAAAUAUCUGGAUCAUUAUUUGUUAAAACUUCAGUUGUAUUCACCAGCUUGUUUCUGCAUUGUUUGUCUGCUGCUUUGUAGGUAAUUUAGUGAGUCUACCAGAGAUGGAUUUUGGGAAAAUGGCUUUCAGCAGUUGCUAGAAACAGGGUUGAUUAGAGAAGAGCUAAAGAGAACGUACAGGCUGAGUAGAUCUGCAGAGUUGAGUGAUAACUGGUGGAUAUGAGAUAUGAGAAAUUUGACGCUUGAUAUACAAAAUAUUGAUCGAUGAACCUAACUUUUGAAAUGUAUCUGGAGUAUCAGUGUUUCUGCUUGAGAACUGCAAAGAGCUCUUUCCACCUCUUUCUUCAAUCUAUAAAAUCUGUUUCUUCAAAAUUACAAAUAUCAACCAAAUAAAAGAUUUCUUAAACUUAAA